AUGGAGUCUAUCAACCUGGAGCUGCUGUCUAUCAGCAAGCCCCAGCAGUUCUCUGGUCCCCUGCCCCUAGGGCACGACCCGCCGGACACACCUCCUCGCUGGCACCACUGUCCCGCGUGGCACGGUUACGGGCUCCGCACACCCAUCUCCACGCGCGUCCAUCGCCAGCGUACCCACGCUGCCCCACAGCCACCCAACCUGCGCGCACAAGUAAAACGCUUCUCCACCCACGCACACCUCAACUCCACGGGAUACCGUGCCGUGCCCAUCGCCACUCGCAUACGACCCUCCCCCGACCCCUUCUCCGGUGCGCUGCCCGCGCCCAGCUCUCGGAGGCCCGCCACCGACUCCGCGGCCCGCGCGCGCAGCCCCGCCGCCUCCAACCGUGGAAAGGCGAGCGGCAUGGAGCGCGUAAUAAGAGAGUUGGAGUCGGAAAGAGCCGCCCCAGUCGCCGGGGAAGCGGGCGGUCAGUACGGGCUCCGGCCGCCCCAAGGCUCCGAACGGCCGCCCCCGGUCCCGGCGCGGCCCCCCCCGCGCCGCCUCGGCCUGGGUCUCCAGCCCGGGGACGCCCCCCGCGGGACCGAACUGGUGGCGCUCACGGCCGUGCACAGCGAGCAGGGCGAGGCGGGCGGGGGCGGGGGCGGCUCCCCGCGUCGCCUCGGCCUCCUAGGCAGCCCCCUGCCGCCGGGCGCGCCCCUCCCUGGGCCGGGCUCCAGCUCGGGCUCCGCCUGCGGCCAGCGCUCGUCGGCGGCGCACAAGCGCUACCGCCGCCUGCAGAACUGGGUCUACAACGUGCUGGAACGGCCUCGCGGCUGGGCCUUCGUCUACCACGUCUUCAUAUUUCUGCUGGUCUUCAGCUGCCUGGUGCUGUCCGUGCUGUCCACUAUCCAGGAGCAUCAGGAAUUUGCCAACGAGUGUCUCCUUAUCUUGGAGUUCGUGAUGAUUGUGGUCUUUGGUUUGGAGUACAUCAUCCGAGUCUGGUCCGCUGGCUGCUGCUGUCGUUACCGAGGAUGGCAGGGUCGCUUCCGCUUCGCCAGGAAGCCCUUCUGUGUCAUCGACUUCAUCGUGUUCGUGGCCUCGGUGGCCGUCAUCGCCGCGGGCACACAGGGCAACAUCUUCGCCACGUCUGCGUUGCGAAGCAUGCGCUUCCUGCAGAUCUUGCGCAUGGUGCGCAUGGACCGGCGUGGCGGCACUUGGAAGCUGCUGGGCUCCGUGGUCUACGCGCACAGCAAGGAAUUGAUCACGGCCUGGUACAUCGGGUUCCUGGUGCUCAUCUUCGCCUCCUUCCUAGUCUAUCUGGCCGAGAAGGAUGCCAAUUCCGAUUUCUCCUCCUACGCCGACUCACUCUGGUGGGGGACGAUUACUCUGACGACCAUCGGUUAUGGUGACAAGACACCACAUACAUGGCUGGGCAGGGUUCUGGCUGCCGGCUUUGCCUUACUGGGCAUCUCCUUCUUUGCCCUGCCUGCUGGUAUCCUGGGCUCUGGCUUUGCCCUGAAGGUCCAGGAGCAGCAUCGGCAGAAGCACUUUGAGAAGCGGAGGAUGCCGGCGGCCAACCUCAUCCAGGCUGCAUGGCGCCUGUACUCUACAGACACAAGCCGGGCCUACCUGACAGCUACCUGGUACUACUAUGAUAGUAUUCUCCCGUCCUUCAGAGAGCUGGCCCUCUUGUUUGAGCACGUGCAACGGGCCCGCAAUGGGGGCCUAUGGCCCCUGGAGGUGCGGCGGGCGCCAGUACCUGAUGGAGCGCCCUCCCGCUACCCGCCCGUUGCCACCUGCCACAGGCCGGGCAGCGCCUCCUUCUGUCCUGGGGAAAGCAGCCGAAUGGGCAUCAAAGACCGCAUCCGUAUGGGCAGCUCCCAGAGGCGAACAGGCCCUUCCAAGCAGCACCUGGCACCUCCUCCAAUGCCUACCUCCCCAGGCAGUGAGCAGGUGGGCGAGGCCUCCAGCCCCAGCAAGGUGCAGAAGAGUUGGAGCUUCAACGACCGAACUCGCUUCCGGGCCUCUCUGAGACUCAAGCCCCGCACCUCUACUGAGGAGGGUCCCUCAGAGGAUGUGGCUGAGGAGAAGAGCUACCAGUGUGAGCUCACGGUGGACGAUGUCAUGCCCGCUGUGAAGACGGUCAUCCGCUCGGUGAGAAUCCUGAAGUUCCUGGUGGCCAAAAGGAAAUUCAAGGAGACGCUGAGACCUUAUGAUGUGAAGGAUGUCAUUGAGCAGUACUCGGCAGGGCACCUGGACAUGCUAGGCAGGAUCAAGAGCCUACAAACUCGGGUGGACCAGAUUGUGGGUCGGGGGCCGGGGGACCGGAAGACUCGGGAGAAGGGGGAGAAGGGGCCCUGCGACUCGGAGGCAGUGGAUGAAAUCAGCAUGAUGGGACGCGUGGUCAAAGUGGAGAAGCAGGUGCAGUCCAUCGAGCGCAAGCUGGACCUGCUGUUGGGUUUCUACUCGCGCUGCCUACGCUCGGGCACCUCGGCCAGCCUGGGCACCGUGCAAGUGCCGCUCUUCGACCCCGACAUCACCUCCGACUACCACAGCCCCGUGGACCACGAGGACAUCUCCGUCUCCGCACAGACGCUCAGCAUCUCCCGCUCAGUCAGCACCAACAUGGACUGAGGGGAGCCUUAGGGGCAGGGCAGCACUAGGCGGGGCCCCUCGGCCUGGCGAUCGGACCCGUGUCCUCCCUCUCCCUUCCCCAAGGCCUCUGAACUCCUCUCUUACUUGAACUCGCUCCCUCGCGGGGAGAGAGGCCACGCACAGUAUUGAGCUGUCUGGGUGGGCGAUACCCGCUGUGGGUGCCAGAGCCCUGCCCUCACCCCAGGAGCAUGAGAUGCCUGGCCUGGCAGAAGGCAGCAGCAGCAGCAGCGCUGCCUUGCUGUCUGUGCUCGCCCCGCACACCAGGACCCUGGCGGCUCUAUCAAAGCCGGACAUGGCCUGCCUGGCAGGGGCAGUGCCCUGGGAAUGGGACCUGGGCACUGGAGCCCUAGGCCCUGACCAAGCUUCCAGCUAUGCAAGGUGAGGUCUCUGGCUCACCCUUUGGACAGAGCAGGGAAGCCCUCCAGCCAAGUCCCGCCCCACUUGGGGAUGGGCCCAAGGUGCCCCCACAGGUACCCACAAAGCACAGGACCCUGCCACAAGGCAGGUGGGCACCAUAUAUGCAAACUAUGUUAAAUAUGCAACUUUGGGGACCCCCAUGGGGUCCCUAUGCCCCUCCCCUACUGGGAGAUGGGCCCCAGCAGUAGCUGGUCUCAGGCUGCUUGGCCAUACCCCACCCCCAUUCUUUGGCUUAUCCAUCUCCACCCCCCCCCAGCAUGGGGCUCCUUUCUCUCCUGUCCUCCCCCAGGGGCAGUGACAGGGCCUUUCUUCCCAGUCGCAGGUGUCACUUCCCAAGGGCACCCUCUUCCUGCUGGAUAUCCACUGUCCUCUUUGGCCCUCCAGAUACUUUUAACAGCACAAGUUUCUGUAUUCUCCCCAAAUCUACCAGACACACAAAACAUGGCCCCUUUGUUUCUCCAGACAAAGCCUCACACACUGAUGCACACCAACCACACACACUUGGAGAUGUGACCACAGAGCCCCUUGGUCUUCCCCGGGUCCCUGCAGCUGAUGAUAGUGGGCCGGCCUUGCAGGGAGGUGUCACUAAGAAGCCUUCACUUUAGGCAAGAGAGGAAGCUGGCCUGGCCCAGAGCUUUGCCGGCUCCCCUUCCUCAGGGAGGUUUAAUCCCCUGUCUGCGUGAGGCCCUCCUGAGUGUCCCCACAGCACAACUCAGACCUAGGUCUCUGGGUCCUGCCUACCACUAGAGAGACCUCCCAGGCCCACUGCUUUUCAGGUCCCUCCAACUCCCAGACAGAGCAUAGCGCAUCUAGCACUAUUCCAACUGGGCACCUGGCUGUCACCUGCACUGUUCCCCACUCCACUCCACUCCAAUUGGCAAAGCUGCAUACUGGCACAAGUGCCCAUUCACUGUAGCCCCCAGCGCCACUUUUAGAUCCCUACCUCUCGUUCCUCUUCUGCAAAGCCAACACAGGUGGCUGAAGGGCGAGGGGUGGUGGACCAAUGACAACCCUCUGAGGAGGGGGUUGCCAGGCAGAACAAAGGCCUGAGACCAAGCUGCCUGCAUCUCAUACUGGGACCUGCAUGCACCAGCGCUAGGGCUUGGGUUGGAUCUUGCUCAGCCCCAUGGUGCCCAGCCUCUGCCCUACCAUGCCCUCUGCAUGUACCAUCAUGCCCUGGAUGGAGCCUAUCCUGGCUCACCUCACCUGCACUGCACUGUCCCCAGAGAGCCACUCAGCCCACUCAGAGGCAGAGCUUCGGAGAGGGGCGGGAGAUAAGAUUACUGUGUGACCAAAGGAGACAUAGCAGGAAGCCCUCCCUCCUUCCCCGAUCGAGGCUCCCCCACCAACCCGGUUCUCAGAUAUGCAAGUACCUCACUUUGUUAACUUAUUAACUUAUUGGUUUCAUUAAAGUUUUCAGUAGGAA